AUGUCAGUGAUGCACUUAAGAGCCGACCGGCUACUAUCGGACACGCAUGGACGAGUUCCUCCACAAAUUUACCAAAUUUGCUCCCGUAUAGGGGACGAUGAGUUAUUAGUCUCGAUUGAGGAGUUUGUGGAAGCUUAUUGCGAGAGAAGGACGCUUUCACUGUUGCGGAGGACAUGCGACAAAUGCAACAGCGAAUAUCAGCUUGAGCUGCGUGAAUUCGGUAAAUUUAAUAUCGCUUUCUUGAUGACAAGAUGGAUUAACCUUGGUUCUGGACGAACCCCGGAUGAUCCCCAAUGGAAGGUCCAUUCGUUCGGGUUACAACACGUUCCCUUCACCCUGGGUUCUGAAUAUAUGUUUUCAAGCCCUCGAUUUCUCUUUGAAGCUUCACCUACUACGUCGUUCGAAGCAUUGCGCACUCAAAACCUGGGCUAUCUAACUGGUCGAGAGUAUCGAAAUGUGAUGAAGAAACUCAGCCGGUCUCCACCAUCCUGGGGUCUAUGGCAUGAGCCAGUAUGA